GAGAGACAGAGAGAGAGAGAACCAACCCUUAGUCAUCUCAGAAACCUCUGAUUGUUGUAGGGGACUGCAGUCAUGAAGACCAACAUGCUGGUUUUUGGUUCUCUGUAUUUGCUGCUUGGUUGGACACUUCCUCUAUGCGCCCAUAAGAUCUCUGGCACCUUCAUUACACAAGAUGAUCAGUCUAUCCCCCUGGACAUGGUUGACAAUUCAGUUGAUGACAUGUACUCUACCUGCGCCACAAAGAUGGAAGAAAAGGUCAAGGGCACAUACUUGAAAAAGGAAAUGAGGAAGGACUUCAAAACAAUGUGGGAAGCAGCGAAAAAGUGCGCAGAGAAGAAAAUCAAAGAAAGAGAGAGAGGAGAUGAGGCUUUAACAAAAGAUCACCUGCAAGCAAUUUGUGCGUACACAGCAGGAGGACCAGAAAACGUAUACAAGACGUUCAACGAAGCAGUCCGCACCAACAGAACGCAGUACGGUUCGACCUUUCCGUUCCAUUCUCUACAUUUCUGGCUGACCAGAGCGAUACAGAUCCUCAAAACCAGCGACAGUAAAUGUCGCAUAACUUUCCGCAGAACCAAAUCCAAGUUCACUGGCGUUGUCAGCAAAGUGAUUCGGUUUGGCACUUUCACCUCUACCUCCGUCUUGUCAACUCUGACAAACUUUGGUACGACUACAUGCUUUAAAAUUAGAACCUGCCACGGGGCAUAUUUGAAAAAAUACCCCAAGCUCGGAGACAGAGAGCAAGAGGUGCUCAUUCCACCUUAUGAGACGUUCAAAAUAGUCAAAGAUAAACGCAUCAAAAAACUUUCCGACUGUAAAACUGUUUACAUUCUGAAUAGCACCGGUGUCCAAAGCAAUCUUGACUGCCAAAUUACAGAACAAAUACUUUGGUGAUUGUUUCUCUCUCUCUCUCUCUCUCUCUCUCUCUCUCUUCCAAACCCGUAAUUAUGUAACCAUGUAUUUUAAUCUAAAUUUACACUUCUGGCAUUUUAAAACAAUGUUAUUCACAAAAAUCACAUCGAAGUGACGGACUUAGAGAUGUUUUUUUUGUGAAUACACAGGAUCAUGACCCCCAAAGGAAAAUCAAGUCCGGUUUAAAGUUGUGGGGAAGAUUAGAGGAGGGUUAAGCUUUAAAACAACAUCCCGACAAGCCUUGAACAUGUCAAAAAGUCCUGUUUAAUCCAUCAUCUGGAAAAGGAAAGAGUUUGGGGUAUUUUACUGCAUGGGGAUAUAUUUUUCAGAAGACAAUAAUUUUUUACAUGUUUUUAAUCAGUAGUAUUGUGUUUGUAAAGUCUGUAAAAUACAUGAAAAAUGUUUAAGAAUCAUUCAAGUUUUACUGCAUUCUGUAAGUUAAAUAAAUUGCCUUUGAGCUUUGAUAAACAGGUUUCAUAUUUUUGUGCAGGUUUCAGCUUGAAUUAGUAAAGUGAAAAUAAAAGUUUGUUCUUUUCUGAA